GGAAGGCGAUAGGUUGCGCUCUCUCGGGUACGGCCUAGCCGGCGUGGUUUUUGGCGGUGUUUCCUAGCAGCGCAGGCCGGGUGGGGGCGCUGGGGAGGCGGGCAGGGCAGGCACGAUGGUGCCGGGGGUUGGGUGGCCGGUGAGUUACGUCCUGCUGUGCGGGCAAGCAGCGCUGCUGCUGGGGAACCUGCUGCUGCUGCAGGGCGUCUCCCGGAGCCACCAGCACAACGCGACCGGGGCGGAGAGCGGGGACCCCGGAGAGCCCGACCAGCCCGCGGGCAGCCCGGCCCCCGCCUGUGACUACGGGGACCCGCAGGCGCCGCUUGUGCUCUGCACCUUCCUGCCCGAGGAAUUCAUUGAAUGUGAGGAUCCAGUAGACCAUGUUGGAAAUAUUACUGCACAGCGAGAAUUAGGUUAUGGAUGUGUUAAGUUUGGUGGCCAAGCCUAUAGCGAUGUAGACCACACUCCAGUGCAGUGCAAAGCACUAGAUGGUAUUGAGUGUGCAGAGCCUCGGACUUUUCUACGAGGGAAUAAACCAUGUAUAAAGUACACUGGCCACUACUUUAUAACUACUUUACUCUACUCCUUCUUCCUGGGUUGUUUUGGAGUGGAUCGAUUCUGUCUGGGCCAUACAGGGACAGCAGUGGGAAAACUACUGACUCUUGGAGGACUUGGUAUCUGGUGGUUUGUUGACCUUAUUCUCCUUAUUACUGGAGGGUUGAUGCCUAGUGAUGGCAGCAACUGGUGCACGACUUACUGAACAGAAAAAUUGCUAUUUGAGAAUUGACAGCAGGAGAAGUUAAUGGGGCAUCUGUCCCUGUACAACUGGAUAAAUUUGUUCUGCAGAGUCAGAACAGCCUUUUUUUCUGCAUUUUUUUUUUAUUUUGUAUAAAUAUAUUCUGGAUUUGCAUAGUGAAUGCAGUUGCAGAACAAUGCUUUACCUAACUUCUUUGUACAUACCUCAAAUUUCAUUUACAAAGAAAACUACUCACUGUA